AUGAAACAAUCUAAAGUGAGCAAAGCCAUCCACCAAUAUUUCAAGAACACAACACUGCACGGUUUCAAAUAUUUGAGCUCCGUGCAUUAUGUUGAUCGCGUGGUGUGGGUGGUGUGGUGCUGCGCGAGCGCGUGGUGCGCGGGCAGUCUGUGCGUGGUGCUGUGGCGGCGGUACCUGCAGGUGCCGGCGCUGCUCGUGCUCUGCGACGACGACGCGCGCACGCUCUCAUACUCGCGCUAUGGCGUGCCCACCGUCGCCGCCUGUCUACCACCCGAUGUCGUCGCUGAUAUGUUCCUGCAUAGACUGUCAUCAAACUCGACGUUAACAGAACAGAUACCCUCAUCAUUAGCGCGGGUUCUAGCUGGAAAACCAACGUUAACAGAUCAACUAGAAUUGUUUGAUGAUCUCCUGGCUUCAAAUAAUACGACUCUAGCACAUAUGAUGAUGAACCAUGCUCCCAAUUGUGAUGAGGAGGCGACCAUAAAGUGCAGGUAUCAGAAGAGAAUGGUGCCGUGCCAACAACUGUUUGAGAAGAAGCUCACUUACUGGGGAGUGUGCUGUGUCAUGAGGCCUGAGAAAUUACUCCCAAAGUUCAACACUGGGCUGGUGAGCAGGUCUCACACGAUGCAGUCCUUGGAGUUGGUGCUGCAGUGCAAGCGUGGCCCUUUUCCGACUGUUUGCCAGUUUCUAACGUAUUACAAAGGCGAGGAGUGGGUGCAGCCUAAUAUCCUGCAUCCCAGCAACUACUACAUGGGGCACCUGGUGUUCACACUCAUACCUGACGAGUCGACCAGCCUCGUGGAGACCGUCUGUUCGCAUGACCCAAACUACUCUCGAACUCAUUGUAUGCGAAAAUGUGCUGAAAAAUCCUGUGGGUGUCGCGAUCCUCUGUUUAAACAUGUAAAGAGUGAGUCAGAGUUACCUGUCUGUAGCACCGCGCGCCUCAUCUGCUUGAGAUCUUAUGACCUUAAGCAACAUGAAAACAUAUCCUGCAGCUGUCUCCCACCUUGUAGGAAGAUUACCACUACAAUGGUACUAGAAUCGAGUCCAAUGAACCAGAUCAACAAUACUAUCGAUAAUUUAUUCUCUGGAAUCGAUGUAGCGCGGUCCGUAGUGAUGAACUUGAGAGUAAAUCUGCACCAUUCGCAAGUAUUUCUACUGAACCCCACUGAAACAUGGGUCACUUUAUUAUCAUCAUUAGGAGGAGUAUUCAACAUGUUCCUGGGUGUCGGUUUGUUUAGUGCUUUGGAGUUGAUAUAUUUUCUUAUGAUAAAAUUACCAGUAGCAAUAAGGAAGUCUUCUGAAGUUGAUCAUACAAAUAAGUACACUACGCCAGUUACUUUAAGGUAA